UGGUUUGGGAUUCGCCCCCGCAGCGGAGAACAUGGCGGCGCUGCUGCAACAUGGAAGCCGCUACAGUAAACACAUUACAGCCGGACGGAUUUGCCUUCUGUCGUCUCGUAGCACUGCUUUACACUGUGGCAGGGAUAAAGUACAUUUCAGUACCAAUUUAAAUAAGAUUCCGAUAUGCACUAACUGUGCUGGAUGGAGGAUUGUCGUGCAGCCCAGGCGGGGUGUGAAGUCUCAUCUCAUUCAGAAAAUACUGAACAGACCCCUGAGUCCAACAUUUUUAGGGCUGAGCAAAGUGAUCUACAGAAACCGCUUGCUCACUGAUCCAGUAGGAUUGUGGAGGAGUCUUGAUGCUGUCAAUUAUUUCAGCACAUCAUCUGACAGACAACAGAAGAAAGAUGGCUCCAAUAAGAAAUCACCCAAAGAAGAAGAAGAGGAAAAGAAGAGGCGUGAGCAGGAGAACCAGAUGUACAAGGAGCGCCUGCGCAUUCUCUUCAUCAUCGCUGCUUGCAUGAGCCUACUGAACUUGUUCACCGCUAACGGAGGAAACAUCUCCUGGAACGACUUUGUCAACGAGAUGUUGGCCAAAGGAGAGGUGGCACGGGUGCAGGUGGUGCCGGAGAGCGAGAUCGUGGAGAUCGACCUCCACCCUGGGGCUGUGAUUUUUGGCAGGCCUAGACUCGCCCUGACCUACCGCAUGCAGGUGGCCAAUAUCGACAAGUUUGAGGAGAAGCUGCGUGCUGCAGAGGAGCAGCUCAAUAUCGACCCCAAGGACAGAAUACCGGUGUCCUACAAGCGCACAGGCUUCUUUGGGAAGGCUCUCUAUGCUCUCGGCAUGGCCGCGGUCAGUGUUGGAAUCCUGUGGUACAUCUUCCGUCUGGCAGGGAUGGGUGUCCGAGAGGGUGGAUUCAGUGCUUUUAAUCAGUUAAAAAUGGCAAAGUUCACCAUUGUUGACGGAAAGUCUGGGAAAGGUGUGAGCUUCAAAGAUGUAGCCGGGAUGCACGAGGCCAAGAUGGAGGUGAAGGAGUUUGUGGAUUAUCUGAAGAAUCCUGACAGAUAUUUAAACCUGGGAGCGAAGGUACCAAAGGGUGCACUGCUGCUCGGGCCACCUGGCUGUGGCAAAACCCUGCUGGCUAAGGCAGUAGCUACUGAAGCCCAGGUGCCCUUCCUCACCAUGGCUGGCUCUGAGUUUGUGGAGGUGAUUGGAGGUCUUGGUGCUGCGAGGGUGAGGAGUUUGUUUAAAGAGGCGAGAACGCGGGCACCCUGCAUCGUCUACAUUGACGAGAUCGAUGCUGUGGGUAAAAAACGGUCCACUAACAUGUCCGGCUUCAGCAACACCGAGGAGGAGCAGACCCUCAACCAGCUGCUCGUGGAAAUGGAUGGAAUGGGUACCACUGAUCAUGUCAUUGUCUUGGCCUCCACCAACCGAGCAGACAUUUUGGACAACGCACUGAUGAGACCGGGUCGGCUAGACAGACACAUAUUUAUUGACCUCCCCACUCUCCAGGAGAGAAAGGAGAUCUUUGAGCAGCACUUGAAGAUCCUGAAGCUUUCCCAUCCUGCCGAUUUCUACUCCUUGCGUCUGGCUGAGCUUACACCUGGCUUCAGUGGUGCUGAUAUUGCAAACAUUUGUAAUGAAGCAGCUCUUCAUGCAGCCCGUGAAGGCUACAAGUCCAUAGACACCUUUAAUUUUGAAUACGCAGUGGAGAGAGUUAUUGCAGGCAGUGUGAAGAAAAGCAAGAUCUUAUCCAAAGAGGAGCAGAGGGUUGUGGCCUUCCAUGAGUCGGGCCACGCUCUUGUUGGCUGGCUGCUGGAGCACACUGAAGCCGUCAUGAAGGUGUCGAUAGCUCCCAGGACCAAUGCGGCUCUAGGCUUCGCACAGAUCCUGCCGAAGGACCAGUACCUGUUUACCAAAGAACAGCUGUUUGAGAGAAUGUGCAUGGCUCUGGGUGGAAGAGCCUCUGAAGCCAUUACCUUCAACAAAGUCACUACAGGUGCUCAGGAUGAUCUGCGGAAGGUGACACGUGUCGCCUAUGCCAUGGUGAAACAGUAUGGCAUGGUGCCCAGCGUGGGCCAGGUGUCCUUCCCAGAAACCGAGGAGCAGUCUGGGAUCGGACGCAGGCCAUUCAGCCAGGGACUUCAGCACCAGAUGGAUCAUGAAGCUAAGAUGCUAAUUGCUCGUGCAUACAGAAACACUGAGAAACUGCUCCUGGACAACAGGGAUAAACUUGUACUGCUGGCCAACGCACUUCUUGAGCGAGAAGUGGUGAACUACGAUGACAUCGAGGCUCUGCUCGGUCCUCCUCCACAUGGGCCCAAGAAGAUGAUCGCCCCUCAGAGCUGGAUCGAAGCUGAGAAGGAUAAGCAGGACAUGGGAGAGGAGGAGCCUCCGGUACCGCCCCGAGCUCAGAGAAAAGACGAGGAAGAGGAGAAUGAGAACCUGGGGCCAGUGUGAUCCUCAGAUGUAGGAUGUAGCAAAAAAAAAGUGCAUAAAAAUGGAAUCUCCUGCAGGGAAUUAUGGGUAAUGUGUGCUUCUUAGCAUAGAAGAGAAGAAAAGGGAGAUUUUCUUCUGAGGAUCAGAGUGAAGAUGGCACUUGUAGGAGAAAGCUGGUUAGUCAGUUUAUUUAGGAAGGUAAAUGGGAUGUGAUUUUUACCUGUACACAGUUGCGGUUGUUUAAGCUGCUUACACUGAAGCGCAAAUGGACAUCACUUAAUUAAUUAAAGCGCUGUACGCACUGUUUAUUUAUUCUGACAUGGUAUAUGUCACAAGGCUAAGUUCCGUCACGAGCCAAGCUUUGAUUGAGAAAUAAUCAUCGUCGCAGAUGAUUUUAAUUUAACACGUGAACUCCACAUGUUGAACACAUGUAAAAUAUGCUGUACGUUUUCCUUUAAAGCAAGUGUUUAUAGAUGUUAUUUUUAUGUUGAAGUCUAACAAUACUGCAAUUCUUCUUUUUAUUCUGAACUGAAAGUUAUUUUUUACAAAAUAUGUCAUGACCAGACAAUUUGCCAUUUUGUAAAAGAAAUAAAUAUUUAAAACAAAAA